GGCAACAAGAGAAGCGGUUUGUUUACAUCAACACGUGCGAGACGGCGGCUGCUGGGCGCACCAGGAGCAGCAGCAGGCGAGUGUUGCACUGCCUGGUUCCGGGAACACGACCGUAGACAGAUCCUUCCUCUCCUCCUUCACGAAGACUGAAUUAUUGUUUCCUGUGGCUAGAGAAUAAACAUCAAUGAAGACCCUUACAAAGAAGCUGAGCAGCUGUGUCCUGUCAGAGGACCAGUUGUUGCUUCUAGUGGAGAACCAUACUAUUAAAAAGCAAAAGAAGUGUGAUCUACCAUGGGUGGAGGUGGUCAAGCGGCUGCUGACUAGAGCAGCAGAUGAAGACAAUGGAGUGCUGUUUCAAAAUACUUCCACUAUUAUAAGAGUUCACCUGAAUGAAGUAGUGAGGAAUGGUCUAAAGAAUCCCAGUAAGCUUGGCCAGAAGUACUCAGACAUCCUCAACAGUUUGCUGACUCAUUUGCACCUCACCUUGGAGGACAAAAAUUUGCAGGUGGUGGAGAUGUACACAUUGUUAUCCCUGAUCCUUGCUGCUGUCAUUGAUUUGAGUAUUGCAUCAUAUAAGAAAGGCAACGAAGCAUCUUUGGUGGCUAAGAUCUUCAUGAAACUGACUAUGAUUUUUGGUCAUUCCGAAGAGCUGCUUCUUGAUGCUAUCCUCCACUGCAGGACUCUUAUUCACCCUCGUUCACGGCAGCCUUUAGUACAAGUCCCGCUUAUCAAGCGUUUAUUUUCAUCAAUCAGGCUUGGACAAACCAUGGAUCCAGUCUUGUAUUUGAAGUAUUUACUGCUGGGCAAACUGUGGCUCUUCAUGACAGAAAAAAGGAACUUCUAUGAAGCUAGGUAUUCUGUGGCAUCUCUGCCAGUUUUUCUUGCCCUUCCAACUGCUAACUCUGCACAAGACCCUUAUCUGUCCUUAUAUGGAUUGGGGAAAACAAGGAUGUACAUCGCCAAGGUGCUGAAGCUUCCUGAUAACGUACCUGAUUGGGCAGCAGAGGAGAAAGUACCAUGGCUUGGUUUGUCCAAGUGGAGCACUCGUCUUGUACUGAAAAGCAUGACUCUUCUUGGGGCACUUCAGACUUUCUAUGGAGACUGGUAUAAAGAGAUCAAAGUGUGUGGUGAUUACCAGGUUAAGAGAGAAAGAAAACCAAAGGUUGGCUCAUCAAAAUCUAAUAAUAAUAAAGCAAUGGCUGGAAAAGUUAAAACAAAAGACUGUAAAGAGUUUCAUAGACCUCCAUUUUCAGAGAAGAGCAGUGAUGAAGAUGUGAAACUGGAACUUGAGAUUGUAAAUGUAGUUAGUGAUAUUACUGAUGAAGAGUCUCAACCAUGCAACUCCAGGAUUAAUGAAAGUAAUAGAAAGCAGAAAAAGAAAAGGAAAUUCAAAGAAGUUCUUCCUUCAAAGGAAAAGAAAAGAAAGCUGCAAGACUAUGAGGAGGAAGAAAAUGAACUUCCUGCUGUGAAUAAAAGUGUAUCUCUUACAAAGACCAAAUCUGGACUCUCUAAAUCCUCAAAGAAUAAGAAUAUUUGUAGGCAAAAGGAAACAGGCAACACUUGUUAUAAGCUUACUGAAGAUUCACCAGAAGUGCCAAUUUCACCCAUCAAUAGUGAGGAAAGUAUGAAAAAAGAUAAUGAAAUAGUAGACAGAAAUAACCAUGUUGCUGAUGGAGAAAGUCCAUUUGGUAACAAAAGUGUUAAGAAGAAAGGAACAAAGAGAAAAUCAGUGGAGGCUGUGGAGCAGAAAUCAAAGAAAGGAAAACUUGAAAACUAUAAAGAGGACAAAGAAAUAGAUGCAGCUUUAACAAAUAAAGCAGAAAAGAAAAAAAUGAAGAAGAAAAGUAAAAAAACUACCAAAACCAUGACUGGAAGUUCAAACAAAAACAGUGAAGAACAUGCUCAUCAUGGUAAAGCAGAUGAAUCAGAUGUCUUGCCAGACACUGAACACACUCUUGAAGACAUCAACUUCAGUCCUCCAGUUGAAGAAAAACUAAAGACUUUAGAGAAAGCAACCAAGAAGAGAUCUAGAAAAAUACCUAUAUUUACAUCGAUGGACAAAGAAGACAUGAGAGAUGAGACUAAAAAGAAUAGCUGCCUGUUUGAUGAGGUUUGUGAAUUUUCUGGUGAUGCAUCCUCCUUGGUAGCCUCAAAUAGAACACAGGGAAGGAAAAGCUCAAGAAGACAAAAACUUUUUAAGAAGCAAAAAAGAAUAAUAAAAAGCAUGACUUUUACAGUGACUGAAUUAGAAGAGAAAAGAGACAGGUUAGUUGUACAAGAAUUUGAGAAUAAUAACAACAAUAGUAUUGGAAAGCUAAGUGAAAAUGAAGACCCUGAGAUUAAAGCAGCAAAUAUUAUAACGGCAGAAGAACAAGUCAUAGGCAGUGAGAAAAAGGCAAACUUUGACUCUCAUGAAGAAAUUACUUGUAAUGAUACCUCUGCAACUGAGUUUCUCAGAGUGCACAGUGUGAAUGCUGAUCCAUGUGGCAACAGCUCAGAAGACAGUAGUGAUUAUGACCGAAGUAAUGGCGAUGAGGACAAUGAUUUGGAACAUAGCAAAGUUCGAUUAGAAUUAAAGAAUUCAACAGAGUGUAAGAAAGAGGAAGAGAAUUUGAUUAAUGGGAGCAAUGCAAAGAAUCAGGCUAUUCAUAAGGAUGACAAUGAGUACACUGAUGAAUCAAAAAGCAUUAGUGAUUGCACUGAUGAGACUGACAAGGGGACACUUUUGGAAGUAAGAUCUAAGGUAACUGAGACACCAGAAAAUGACAUCAGGAAAAUACAACAGAAUGAUUCUUUUGUGACUGAAAGUGAUGCAGAUGUCAGUAGUGAAGAAAUCCAGUUAGAAGGUGAAAAUUCUGAAGAUAAUGUUAUUGUUGAUGUUGUCAAUGGUAAUGAAAACAGUGAUGGUGAGUUAGUUCUUGAAAGUGGACCAGAUGAUAUGAAGAAUGACUGUGAUAAUAUUCUUAGCACAAAUGAUGGAAGUGAUACAUUUAGAAAAGAUAAUGAAAUACCUAGCAAUGCAUCAAAACUGCUGGACAAGGAAUCUUAUGGCAAUACUGAAGAAUAUGAAAAGUUAAAUGAUGAGGAAAAUGAUUUAGAAGAUGAAAUCAUCAUCACAAAAUGCAUAAUACUAAGUCAAGAGAGCAAAAAUAUGAAGAUUGACAACAACUCUGGGAAGGAGACAGUUACUCCUACCACUACUGAAAAAGAUGAAGAUGGCAAGGAUACUCAAUUGAUUGAAGAUGUCAAAGAAAUUGAAUAUUGUGGCCACCAUGAUGGACAUAAAGAAGAUUCCAAAAUUUCAAACAAGUUUCAUGAUAUCACAGUUCUUGAAUCUGAAUGUGAAACUAAAAUCAUCAUGGAAAGCAUUUCAAAGACUAAUGACAUAUCUCAGUGUAAUGUAAGAGAUGAUGAAAGUGCUAUUCUCAAGUCACCUGAGUCAGACCAAGCCAUCACUUCUCGUAAAGAGUCCAGUGAAUUGUCUACCAUUGAAGACACCAAAAAUUUUAUUGAGUUAAAAAAGGAGGAAGAAGUGAUAGAGGUUGAGGACUUACUGGAAGAAGUGAAACAGGAAGGGGAGAUUAAAACAUCUCCCAUUAAGAUAUCUUCCAUUAAAAUGUCUCCUAUUAAAACUUCUCCUAUCAAAACAUCUCCCACUGCUGUAGAAGAUACAAGUAUAAUGGCAAAAGCAUCUUCUAUCAAAAUAUCUCCCACUGUUAUAAAAGAUGCAAGCACAAUACCACCCAUUCAACAUUGUAGAAGUACUGAGCAGAGUAAAGAUGUAGUACAAGAUCCUGUCUCUAGAAUGAUGAAUAACUUGUAUAAGUCAAAUACAGUGAAGACAGAAAACAAUGAAAAAGAACAAAGCAGUUCUGAAAUUCAGAACUCCAGUCUUUUCAAUGGGAAUGAAAAUGCAGUAAGUGAUGAUGAUGAUAAUAAAUCUGUGAUUGUGGAUGAAAAUGAAGAAAUUGAAUGUAUGUUGCAAAACAUUGUGAAGGACACUGGCCGGCCAUCAAGUAUUCAUGGUUUGCGAGAAAGACUCCUCAGUGAAUCAUCUGUAAAAGAUGAACAGAAAGAGAACCUAGAUCAUGAUCAAGAUGACAAAGAACCCCUUCAAAACAAUGAAAUGUCCCCAUGUGCUUCCCAAAUUAAAAUUUCUGACUCUUCCAGUCAUCCAUUGCUGGAAACCACAGAAGACAUGAGUAGUAAAUCUGUAACACCUACAGAGAAUCAGGAAGACACUGAUAGCCUAAUAGACACUAUUGUGAAAGAUGAGAGUCGGCUAGCAGAAAUUCGUGAGCUGCGAGAGACACUUUUCUGUAAAGCAUCUGUGUUAGAUGAAAGCAUGGAUAUUUCUGAACAUGAUAAACAUGGUAAAGAACCAGCAAGAAACCAUUGUAACAUUCAAAUUGAGAAAGAUGAAGACAGUUCCCAGAAUUUCCAUCUGGAUGAUAAGCCAUUACCAAAUUUUGAUUCAUCAUCAUCUGAUACUGUUAAGAAAAGCAAAGAUUUAAAGGACAUAUCUUGUACUUUUCAUGUUGAUAAGCAUUUAACUACUGGGAAUGAUUCUAGUAUCCCAAAUGAAAAUGAAGUUCAAAAUACUGAGGAUAAUAGGAGUAAAGUUUCAAGAGACAAGGAUCAAGAGACCAGUGAUAAUAAACAUUGUCAAAAAGCAGAGUAUGACAUUGUUCAGAAUGAUGAGUUUAUGCACAUUACUUCCAAAACUAUAGAGAGAGAAAAUUAUUCAGUUUCCACAGUGGGAAUGAACACAACAGAAGAAGCUUCCUCAAAACCUUUAGACAGUGAAUCAGGAGAGGCAAAUGAACCAGAGGAAUUGUCAGACAUUAAUACAUCAACAGAUGGUAGUCACUCUUUAGUUCUGAAAUUGAGUAACGCAGAAGAAACAGAAUCAGUUAUAGAUGAAUCAAGAGACAAGUGUAUAGAAGGAGCAGACGAAGCCUAUGAAGCAAGCAGUGAUGCCUCGGAGGACCCAGCACCCAGAACUCGCAGGCGAAGCCGUUCUCUGAGAAAGUCAUUUGCUCAAGAGGAGUUGCAAAUGGCUUCUGACUCAGACUCAUCACCAGUGCAAACUUUCUGCCAAAAAGGGUCUGCUGUAGAUGCUGCAGGCCAUCAGAGAUCAAAAAGGAUCAGGAGCCAAAGCUGCUCUUUGGAAAGUGUGCCCUCAGCACUGCAAACCCUAAACAAGUCACAAACUUUAGAAAAAUCUAUAAAUAAGAUAUUCGCUAUAGAGAAAGAGUAUACAUUCGAUGAGACUUUCACAAUGACUGAUAAAGAUACAUCUUAUCUUGAAGCUUCUAUGCCAAAAAACAUAAAUAUCAGUUACAAUGAGAAAAAGGCUCCUAUGGUAUCUAGUGAAAACAAGCAAAAUGUGCUGCCUGUAGAAUCAGAUGAGGCUCCUAUUGUUAAAAGCCAAAAGAAUACUACUAAACCCUCAAUGGAAAUUGUGACUGAGACAACAGAAACUGAUGCAGUGGAAUCAUCUUCCAAUGCAUCAUCACCAAGCUUAAAGAACAAGGAACAGCUUCAUGAAUUGAUCUUACCAAAAAAGGAUAUCUUCCUAUCUUCUGACAGUACACUGACAGAAUCUCCCAACAAACCUUCAAGCCCAUGUAAGCCCAAUUCAGAUGAUACAAGUCAGAUUGAACUGUCUGGUCACAGUAAAGGUGAACUGCCAAGUAAAGUUAUUGAAGAUACAACUGCAGACUCUGAUACAUUACCUAAUAAAGGAGAAACAACCUCCAUCAAACUUGAUGUUCCUUCCAACGAAACAUGUAAAUCCCAAGAACAUGAAAUAUUAACUAGGGUACAUAAUUCAAUAUCAGAGGAAGAGAACUUAAAAUCUUUGGAUGUAAUGAAAGAUUUGGAAAAUCAAGAGGCUCUGUCUGAAAUCCCCAGGAUAGAAGAACGUGAUGCAAGUGACAAGACUGAGUCUAUUGAGGACAUAAAAAGUGAAACUGAGCAUGAAAUUAGAAAAAGUGCUGAAGGUAUUCAGGUCACAGAAAGUAAAAUUCAACAAGAAGAAAUUGUAAAAGAAAUUGGAUCUUUUAAAAAUUUGGGAAAUGGAAUAGAUGAUGAAGAAAUUAGACAAGAAGUUGAUCAAUCGCAAAAACAUAUUGAUGAUGAAUUGAACCUAGAAAUGGGUGAAGGAAUUUAUGAAGGUGAAGAAAUAGAAGUUCUGUCCACAUCAGGAACUGAUGAAGAGGAUGAAAAAGAAACUGUAGGAACAACAUCAGAGACUUUUGAUAGCACAGAUGUUGAAGCUAGAAAAGCUGGACUCCUAAUCUCUAAGAAAUCCUUGAGGUCUCACAUAAGGCAGCUUCACAUGACAAAUGACGAGAAAGAUGCAGGUAGUGACUCAGAAAGCAAGGAUAGUAGACUUGCUCAGAUUCCAGUGGGCAAAGCUCAGUGUUUAUCUCAGGUAGCUCUUACAAAAGAAGUGCUCAUCAGUCCUGAUGUUAGUGAUGAGGAAUGUGAGCUUGUCUCAAUAGGAGUAGAUCUUAGUGAUUCCAAAGUCCCUGUUGAGGAGGUUACCUUAGAUGACAAUACUUCUCAAAAGGAUGUCUCUCUGUGUUUCUCCAACCUUAAUAUGCAGAAAAGUAAUGGAGGUAUCAACUCACCUCAUAAAACCAUACCAGAAGAACAAGAUGAAACUGCUAUUCCUAAAGGCUCAUCAGAACAUUGUUCUAAAGCACCUACAUUUCAAAGAAGUGAAACUUUGACUAUUCCAUCUUCAUUAUGUAUCCCAGAUACAGAGAAGCCUGAUAACAGAAAGAAAAGCAGUAGGAGGUCCUCUCGGGGAGCAGCGGCUGACUGUGCAUCUUAUUCCAUACAAACUCUAGAAGAACCAAAGACAGCCAAGAGUCAUAUGAAGUCAUUCAAUACCCUUAGCAGUAUUCAGAAAGAUCAUGAAAGUAGACCAGACACAUCCAAGAAAUUUACUAUUCAAAAUACAUCCCUGAAAAGAACAGAAUCUCUGGUAGAUACAUCUAAAGACACAAAAAGUUUGGCAGACUCACAUGAUUUAGUUUCAGUUUCAUCUCUCUUUACUGACAAAGAAAGUAAGGAUAAAAAAAUGCAGAGUAGUUCACUAAGUAAUGGAGAUUCUAGACAAAAAGAGAUGGAUACCAGUAGAAGAGCUUCCCAAGAAAGAACAUUGCUGUCUUUACAAAAUCAAAACUCAGAACUUUUAUGUGAAGAUUCAGAUCACGUACACAAACCAAAAACAUGUAAAGUUACUAAGCUACAUCCUACGAAGAUUAGUUCACCAGAUGCUUCAGAAAAUGCUGUGUUAAAGGAAGAUAAUGGGAAAGGAAAGAGUUACCUCUUGUCACCAGUACUGGAGGAAUCAUCUGCUUGUGGCAAUCCUGAUUCUCAUACAUUCUUACCUUCAUCAACAUCAUCAUCAUCUACAUCCUCUUCUCAGCUUCCUGUCAGGAGAAGCUCUAGGCUCAGGAAUCAGUCCAGUGGUGCCUCCCCUGUAACAAAGGACUCAAGAAAGACAGACAGCUCUAGUGCCUACUCUGAAAGUGAACAAGAAAUUGAAGGUGAGGACAAUAAUACACCUGUAACUCCUAAGAACUUGAGAAGAAGAAGUGUGCGCUGGAGCACCACCCCUCGGAAGGCAAGGUUGUCGACUGAGUAGAAGUUUUUGUCCUGUGGAGCAUUGUGUUUGUUGUAAAUCCUAAUGCAAAAGUGUAUAGUGGGAUUGUGCAUUUGACUGAAUUUUAAAGAAAAUUAACUUUGCCAAACAUGAAAUUGCCAAGUGCAAAAUUUAGAGCAUGAUAGUGUUGUAGCCAUUUGAUAGUUACACUUUUGCUUAAUUUGUGAUGUAUUAUGUAAGUUUUUUUUAUUUUAUUAUUACCAUUCACUACCAGAAAGCUAAGUACAGAAUAUAUUUGCUAAAACUUAAAUGAGAGUGAAAGCCAUGAAACCAGUAUUAGGUAAUGAAUGUAAGCUUGGAUAAAUUGUGCUUCCUUCAGGUAUGAUUUGUUUGACAUAUUUUUGCUAGAGAAACUAAUGUUUGUUGAAAUAUUAACUCAAAGUAAUGAAACUGCAAAGUAAUGCUAUGUAUAAGAUUAUUCAAUAUACAUAAUGUGUACUGAUGUUCUGUGUGCAUAAAAUUAAACAUGACCUAUUGUUCUUUCCUAUAAAAGUACAAGGACAUAAGGAAAGUUACAAAAAGCUGAUAUAGGGCUAUCCCUAUGUUAAUUGUAUAACUUUAGUUCACCAGUCAUGCUCAUACUUAGAAAAAUAAAGGUAGCAUUUGAUAUGCAUUGCAGAAUAUGAGAUUGAUAAGCCAUAUGGUAUAACUUUUCAUAUUGCAAAUGCAAAUCAGUUUGGCAAUGUCUUUUAGUUUAAAGUUUGUGUUAAUUCUUUACACAAGUUUGUAUAUCAUUUCUUGUUUUGAGACAGUUCAAUCUUUUAUGCUAUUAUUUCAGUGUUGAAAUUCCUUUGUCUAUUAAUAGUAGAUAAUAUCAAAUAUCAGUGUCAUGGGAAAUGUUUUUAUGAAAAUUAUAUAAAAGAAGAAAGAAAACAUUUUUAUACUUAGGUAAAGCUAUCACAAUGUAUUGAAAUUUUAAUGAGUUCAUUAAGCUUACCAUAUUGAUCACUGAAAUAAAAUAAAAAACAUUA